CUCAGAUACAAGGUGCUAAUGAGGUUAGACACAGAAAGAUGAAGGAGUAUAUGCGAGGAGCGGUACUUGAUGGUGCAUGGUGCUGACAUGUGCUCAAUUAACUCGGUACAAAAACAAAUGAACGAGACAUCGGACUUUGUCACUGAUACAGCGCCCGCUCACUAUUUCUGGGGCCGUUGUAGUAUAUUACAUGUAUAUUCUAGUAAGGAAUCUCAGGAAGAUCAUGUGUUACUAUGAUUAAUGAAGACGCGUAGAAUCAGUCAUGUAGUCUUUCCUUGUUUGAGAGAUGAAUCAUAUCGCUCUGUAAAAGAGACAGAAGCGAUGGAACAAUACAAAGAAAAUUUGAGUUUGAGGUUAAGGAUAUAGUCAACAUCAUGGAUCGCAAUUUCAACACGACUAUGCUUACUGCUAAGUAUAUUGGGCCGUUCACAAUUUCUGUGGCCGAUACAACGAGCGGAAUGUAUGAGAAUAAUAUCGCUGAUGGCUCGAGUGCCUUAAGUACCGGCUCUCCUCGCAUACUGACGACAAAGUUCAUCCUUCGUCGCAUAUGCGAGUCUACUGCACUUCAUCUGUUUUACAAGCUCAAAUAUAUUAUUGGAAAGUACAAACAUGGUGAACUGCAUGCUACACAACGGAGUUUACAGAUGGGGCACAAUCCGAUAUUAUUUUAUACAUUGUUUCUUUCCAGGAUCAACUUUUACCUUUGCCGCAAACACUUUGAAGCCAAGCUCAGUACUCAGGUAGAAGCGGUAGUAUAUUUUUAAGCACGGAUCGCAGGUCACCGUAAGCGUUGAUGUCAUUUUUCACUUCUUUAGA